AUGGCUGCGCAGAAAGUGCUCGUGACCAAUGGGUCCGGCGACAAGAAAGACUACGAUGAUACCCACCCACUCGCACCGUUAAAAGAAUACAAAUACCAGUCCGUCGAUCAGUCGCUGGUAUCAAACUACAUUCUCCGGCACUACUGGAACUGGGCUGUUGAGCUGCUACCAAAAUGGAUGGCACCGAAUUUGGUCACAUUAAUCGGCUUUGGCGCCAUUCUAUUUAACGUACUAUGUCUGGUUAUAUUCAUGCCGGACUUGGUUGGACCUGGACAUCCGAUAUUAUACUUCAGCUUUGCAUUCGGAUUAUGGAUGUACUCGACUAUGGAUAACAUCGAUGGAAAGCAAGCUCGAAGAACGGGAUCCUCAUCACCAUUGGGCGAACUAUUCGACCACGGCAUCGACAGCUUAAACUGCACCCUCGCCAGUCUCUGCGAAACCGCCGCCAUGGGUCUCGGAAAUACUAAAACUGGCUGGUUCACCGCCCUAAUCCCAAUCCUUCCAAUGUGGUUUUCAACUUGGGAAACAUAUCACACCCAUACCCUCUACCUCGGAUAUUUCAAUGGUCCUACGGAAGGUCUCAUAAUCGCUUGUCUUUGCAUGGCCUUGUCUGGUGUCUACGGCCCUCACAUCUGGCACGAAAAGAUCGCAGACACCAUUGGCUACCAGGAGAUAUUCCAUGAUUACAGCUUUAAAGACCUAUGGUUUCCUGUGAUAUUCAGUACCUUCAUCUUCAUCCACCUCCCCUUCUGCGUCAAAAACGUCGUCUCCGCCCGCCGCGCCCAAGGCCUCCCAGUCCUCCCCGUAUUCCUCGAAUGGACACCAAUCCUAACCUUCACCGCCGCCGGCUGCGCCUGGGCCUUCUCACCAUACACCACCCUCCGUUCCGAAAACCACAUCGUCCUAUUUUGCCUCACUCUUUCCUUCGCCUUCGGCCGCAUGACCACAAAAGUCAUCCUAGCCCAUCUCCUCCGCCAACCGUUCCCAUACUGGACCGUUAUGCUAGUACCAUUGAUCGGUGGCGCUUUCCUAGUUAAUACCCCACCACUACUGGGGUACGGUACCAUCAGCGCAGGACUGGAGUUGUGGUACCUUAGGGGUUACUUCGUCUUCGCUCUCGUAGUAUACUUCAACUGGGCAGUUAAGACGAUCGAUAUGAUCUGUGGGUAUUUGGGGAUUAAAUGCUUGACUAUUCCGUACGAAGAGGAGAGCGGGAGGGUAAAGAAUACUUAG